UUUUACCCCUUGCCCGCAUUCGCCGAAGAUUACUUCAUAGUGAGUCAUCGCUCUUGAAUUUGACAUUUAGUAAAUAAGCUUAUCCCACGGAUUGUUUCUCGGUAAGGAUUUUUUUCAAACUUGAACAAAGGGAAAACAAAAUUUGUUCAAGAUGAAUGGUGCCACUGCUGUAGUAUUGGUCUUGUUUUGUGUCAUUUCUCAAUCACUCGCUCAGACACCAGCAAAGGCAAAAAAUUCUACCAAGCCUACGCCAAAGCCCACGGUCCCCCCUGGACAGCUGAAAUGUCGUGUAUUUAACAUUACUAUCAAACUGACAAACACCAGCUUUAGCGAAGAUUUUCAAAACGUGCACUCAAAAGACUUCACCAACACAAGAAUAGAGCUUGAAGCUGGAAUCCACCAAGCAUUCGAUGGAUAUAAACCUUUCCAGGCUCUUAAAGUGCAUCAAUUUACAAAAUCCGCCGACGGCAAAGUCCUAGCGCAUUUCUACCUUGAGUUUAAAGGAAAUGGAACUCACCUUAAGAAUCUGAUAGCCGCACUAGCAAAGGGAAAACUUGGAGUUCUGACAGUCCAGCCAACUUUAGUCAAAGCAGGUUGUUUCGUGAACACUCCAGUUCCCAUGGUGUGUUCCUACCCAUGCCCAACAGUAUGUGCACCAAGCUGCUCUUCUCUAUGCUGUGGCCAGUAUCAGCCCCCACCCGUGAUGCUACCUCCCCCACCACCUCCACCACCACCACCACAGUGUCCCGGUCCAUGCAGUCCUGCAUGUGCACCAACAUGCUCCCCAGCAUGCUGCCAGACCGCAUAUUAUUCACCCUAUGGGAAACGUCAUCACGCCCCAAAACCAAACAAAGAAGAUGUUCAGAAGCUAAGAAAGCAUCUUCUCAAGAAGCACGCCAAGAAACACUAAUAAAUUAAAGUUCUCAAAUUAUUCCAUCUUCAAAACCCCUUUAUGGGAUUCCUGUGUCCUAUCAACGAGUCUUUGGAUUGAUUGUCAUUUUAUGAAGAUGUUUAAUGCUGUUUUUGGUAUUUCCUUAUGGUUCCUUUGGUAAGGGUUGUAAUCUUAGCCUCUCACCGCAUUAAGCUUUUAGACGACAUUCUAUCUCAAAGCUCCGUUUGAAGUUUCUGCCUAGUAAGCUCAAAAAAAAUUCUGAAGCUUUAUCUCGAAAAGAAAAACGUUUUGCACUAUGAAAAUAAACUUUUUUCUUUCUUUUUCUUUUUCUUUUUGGUGUUGGUGGUUAGCUGUUUUACCUAAAGAAACAAAACGUUUGCUCACAAAAGAAUACUCAGGCAGACGAUUAGAGUUAUCAAGUUCUUGAAGUUGUCAAAAUCCAACGUAUCAUUUUCUUAUUUUCCAAAAAGUCUCACGAGCCGUUGGAGAGGGUGGAAAAUUACACUGAAACAAGCUGGUUUUUGAUAACUUUAGAAAUUUCUAGUUCAGUGGAAAAUCUUAAAGAUUCAAAUAUGAUGUUCAAUGUCAUUUUUAACAUUUUCCAUUUUAUGCCAUGACACUAGUUCGAAUGGGAGGGAUUACUUAACACGUUUUAGUGUGUGUAUGUAUAUAAAAACAUACUAUAUAGCGUUAGAUACAAGUAUUAAGGAAAUGUAAAUUAACAUUAAAAGAUGAAAUAUUCUAAACUGA